CGUUCCUUGUUCCUUUCGUUAGCAUUGAAUACAAUGGAAAAAAUCAAUUUGCAAGAACCGCAGCAGCCAAAGUUUAAGAAGUUGAAAAAAGAAACCAAAGUCUUCCAAGAUGCUGUGCACGGUACCAUUUCAAUACCCUACGCUUGUAAGGUCGUGGUGGACACCCCUGAAUUCCAGCGUUUAAGAAGGCUGCGACAGCUGGGAAUGGCUUACAUGGUGUAUCCGUCUGCGACACACACUCGUUUCGAGCACAGCCUCGGGGUAUGUCACUUAGCUGGGCUACUUGCUGCAAAUCUGAAGGAAAACCAAGAAGAGUUGUCUAUUGACGAAAAGGACGUGUUGUGUGUACAGCUUGCUGGACUAUGCCAUGACCUCGGACACGGGCCCUUGGGACACUUUUGGGAAGGCUUCGCUCGCAAUAAGCUUAAGAAAGAAUGGAUUCAUGAAGAAAUGUCUGUGCGCAUGUUGGACCAUAUGUGGGAGAAGAAUGCUCUGAAGGAUUCGUUGAAGGAGGUGCACGACGAUGAUCUGGCAUUCAUCAAGGCCAUGAUACAUCCAAAAGGAUACCCACUUCCAGAAAAAUAUCGAUCCAAGGACUUUCUCUUGCAGAUCGUCUCCAACGAAAAAACGGGAAUCGAUGUCGACAAAUGGGACUAUUUUCUACGAGACUCCCUACACCUGGGGCUCAAGGUGACAUUUGACCCAAAGAGAUUCAUCGAAUAUUCGAGGGUCAUUGAAUACCAAGGUGAGAAGUUCAUAUGCUUUCGGGACAAGAUGUACAGAGAAGUGCUUGAGCUGUUCCAGACACGCUGUGUACUCCACCUCAAGGCGUACAAGCACAAAGUGUUGCACUGCAUUGACCUUAUGAUCAUGGAUGCCCUUCAUGCUGAAAUGGAUUAUAAUGAAGAGUUUGAACAAAUGGUCAGUAAGUUUGAAGACCCAGAAGUCUUUAUGAAGCUCACAGAUGAUAUGGUUCAAAGGUUGCGGGAAAGCAGGAGCGGGGAUGUAAAGAAAAUCUUUCAUCGCAUUGAUACCAGGAAGCUCUACAAAUGCAAAGAUGAGAAGGACGACGGAAAUAAGUGUGGCGAAAAUGAAGUGAAGAUAGAAAUUAAUUAUGGAUUCGAAGAAAAAAAUCCAGUGGAUCGUGUCUGCUUCUACAACAAAAAGAACCCUAACAAUGCCGAGCGUUUGCUUCCAGAUGUGUCCAUUUUCCUACCAAAAAGUUUUCAGGUAGAGUUUCGUCGUGAGAUCAACAAACAUGAAGCUCAAGAUGCGCAAUAAUCAAAACAAAUCGCCAGGCAAGGAAACACCAGAACUGCAAGGUCACUCCAACAGCUGAGAAAGAAUCGUUCUAAGGGGCACGGCUAUGACAAGCGACAAACACAUAUAAGAAUAAUAAUACUCUAUGGACUAUCGCCUUCCUGUGACAAACCACCCACAUCCAUUAUCUCCAGCUGUACAAUACUAUAUUCAACUUCCCACUUGACAGGCCGUGCCCCCCCCCCUCCCAACAAGAACGUCGUUGUUUGAUUUUUGCUAGCCUAGCUAGCUGGGCUAUUCAUAGCCCUCACCCACAGGAACGAUUCAGUCUGAGGAAGAAGUAUACUUUACUGCACAGUAGCGUAACGGUGAUCCUCUGGGCUCAAAAUCCGAAAAAGAAUAUUGGGGCACAGUAACAUUUACCAACACAACAAAUACUACAAAUACAAGACCAAACAGUCCACAGGCAAAGAGGAGAGUCAGCUCACCACUCCGAUACGCCAAUACUCGAUUUAUGGUCGAGGAGUCGAUGUGGCCCAUCUAUUAACUUGCGAAGCACAACAAUCGCAGGCAAGCUUUUGGAGAUACCUAUCCCCCACCUAUUCAGCAGGGGCUUACUGCUUUAACUAGACAAAUAAUAUCAUAUGAAACUAAACGCCCUCUAAGCUUAAAUCUAUGUCUGUUCGCAAAGCCUCGCACAGCCUCAGAACGAACAUCCACUCCUCUAGCUAACUGAACACCGACUAAACAACGAAGGGACGCCACGCUGGCGCAUGCGUCUCACAGUUUGGGGGGAAAGUCACAUGACAAAGAGAGCGGGUAGGCUUGGGUUCAGGGUAGAGAUGAGGGAUGACGCACCACAGUCACCCCGCUUUCCCACAUACUAAGAGCAGUGAAAUUUUAAUAAUUUUUGCUUGUUGCACCUCUCUGAAGGGGCUAGUGGCAAUUUAACUGUGUCAUGUUGUUCAUUACUUUAAAAUCUUUCAAACAAUGCUAACACUAUCAAUAUGGUACUCAAAAGCAGAGUGGGGUAAGGAAGACAAAACAACUACUGCAGCCUGUUGUAGGGGAGUGGGAUGCCCUUCCACCGCCUUGUUUCAUGUCUUCUAUCUUCUUUUCACUCAUCAUCUUUUUAUUCUUUAAUUUUCGCCACUUGCAACAAUAUAUAUAUAUAUAUAUAUAUAUAUAUAUAUAUAUAUAUAUAUAUAUAUAUAUAUAUAUAUAUAUAUAUAUAUAUAUAUAUAUAUGGCAAGAUCACCUGGUUGGAUGUAAAGAUGAAAAUGUUCUUGUGUCUGCUAUAAUUGUUAUACUGGAGACUUAUUAAACCUUAUCAGUGCUUUGCUAGGCCAGUAAACAUACAGUGAACCUUCAAGGUUAAACUAAUCAAGUGGUAUUGUAAUUUAGCUGUGAACAGACCUACCUUAAAUAGUUUUGCAUAUUAAGGGAAAACUCGGCAAGCCUCCUAUCAAAUGCGUGCAUGUGCAGUUUGAGCAGUGGGAGGGAGAACAGUUACGAUGGCUAUGAGGGAACCCUGAGUAGUGAUCUCUUCCGAAGGAGAGCAUAGUGUAUGGAUGUAAAUGUACCACGCACCAUGUACACCAUGUACCACGCAGUACAUGGUGUUCCUCCUGGACGCCAUCCUGAAAGGUCUGGAGCAGCGUAAUACGGUGGCCCAGAUGUGCCUGAUUGAUUUUAAGAAGGCUUUUGACAACGUGGAUCACAGCGUAGCAGUGACCCAAAUGUACAACCUCGGUUGCCGCACGUCAAUUCUACCAUUCAUUUCAUCUUUCCUCACGGGCAAGCAGCAGCAUACCAAAUACAAAGAUAAAACAUCCACGUGGCUUCCCACCACAUGUGGGGUGCCGCAGGGGACCUGCAUCGGACCUGUCAUCUUCCUUGCCCUCAUCAACAGCCUGUUACAACAUUCAUCCCAUAAAGUGAAAUUUGUGGAUGACGUCACUGUGUUCUCGGUAAAUACAACAGCGGACCUGCAAGCAAACCGACUCCAGCAACUUAUCACCAUCAUCAAUGAACAGUGCCAACAACUCUCAAAUUAAUAACCAACCUAAAUAAAUGUCAACUGAUAAAUAUCAACCUCUUGCGGCAGGGUGUGGCAUUUCCAGAUGUGCAUCUCGACGCCAACCCCAUCCCCUGCGUCGACAUAGCCAAAGUAGUCGGACUAGUCAUGAACUCCAACUUGACCUGGCAGGACCACGUCGACCACAUCGUCAAGAAGGCUUCCAAGCUAUUCUUCAUGCUAUUCAAAGCGAGAUCGUUUGGAGCAACACAGCAACAACUAGUGCAGCUAUACUGCCAGCGCAUACGACCCGUGCUGGAGUACGCGUGCCCGGUGUGGCAUUCCGGCCUUACAACCGCACAACGAACCACCCUGGAACGUGUGCAGAAGCGGGUGUGUCGUAUCAUCCUCGGAGGCAGCUACAACAGCUACACAGCCACGCUUACCACGUUCGGCCUGCCUUCCCUGGAGGACAGGAGAGGUCAGCUUACCCUCAGUUCUGGGGAGAAAAUGAAAGAAAAUGACCACUUGCAGCUUCUCCCCCAGCGAGCACCAUCACGGUAUCAGACCAGGCACAGUGCCAGGUUACCACCUGUCAGGUGCCGCACAGAAAGGUACAGGAACUCCACCAUCCCCGAUGUGACUCGCCUGGCCAACAAGUAGACAUAACUGGCACAAAAAUACAUGGACACUAUAUUCUUUCUCUAAAGUGUUUUACCCUGGUAAACUUUUUACUUUAAGUUGAUUUUAAUAGUUUAAAUAUUUUAACCUAGUAUAUAUGUAUUGUUUUUAAUUUUUAUUUCCAUGUAAAUCAAGAUCCCUUCAGUAACUAUCACUGUAUUGUCUGCUGCCUCUUGAUAAAUAAACCUGAUAUUAUUAU